ACAGCGCAUCUCCGGAGAGCUUGACAACCUGUGUCUGCACUCUGUAACAAGCAGCAGAAGAACCCAACGAGACACAAUGACAGAGAAGUAAAACAAUGAAGUGUGUUUUUAUUUCACAUGCUGGGGUGCACAUUUGAAGAGAAUUUUACGAGACAGUAACGCACAGCCCUAGUCCUGUAAAAAAUAAUAAUUUUACAUGAUGCAUAAAUACAAACAUGAAGUUUGGGCAUCCGUGCGUCAAGCCAAGAAUGAUGUCAUGCAUAUAUUUAUUUUGUCACAACGGUUCGUUUUAUAUCAGUGGACAAAAUAUCUUACUGAAGAGCAGAGCUACGUGGAUUUUUGCAGAAUGUGAAAAAUAUGCUGCCUGUAAGGUGUGUCUAAGUUUGAGCUGAGACCUGGCAGAGUGGAGCUCCGCUGCCUUCACUGACUUGGCUCCUUGGCUCCAGCGGAGCGCAGGCGAAACCAGUUGCACACGUCGUCUCGACAGGAAUACUUAGGAGAUCAUUUUCGGGAGGUUCUGUUGCACUUACUACCUAGCUGACAGGAUGUUAAUUUGUUGUAGCGUAUUCAUCAUCCAUGAAGGCAAAAAGAGGGGUGACCGAUAACUAAUGACGCGCUGUGUACGAGAAGAGCAAACCUGAGAUUUUUCCUAUCAUGUCAACCAAUGGGAGCUCAGAGACAGGCUGCAGGUCAGAGGUCAGACCAAGCAACACCACUUGCAGCCAGAAGGAACUCUCUGUCACUGCUUCUGCCAUCUCCAUGACUGUGGGCAUCUUGUCCAACAGCCUUGCCCUCUUCAUCCUCAUCAAAUCUUAUAAACGCAUCCGGAUCAAGUCCAAGGCAUCCUUCGUGCUAUUUGCCAGCAGCCUGGUGGUCACAGAUCUGCUGGGUCACCUCAUCAAUGGCUCUCUUGUACUGUUUGUUUAUGGCUCCCAUAAGAAAUGGGAGAUGUUUGACCCUCACCGCGUCAUGUGCAGUGUCUUCGGGGUGUGCAUGGUGUUCUUUGGCCUGAGUCCCUUGUUCCUGGGGAGUGCCAUGGCUGUGGAGCGCUGCAUUGGAGUCACCAGACCUAUCUUCCACUCCACAGCAUUAGCAUCCCAUCACAUGAAAAUGCUGCUGGGACUCACCUGGCUGCUGGCUGCACUGGUAGCCAUGCUACCUGUGUUGCUGUGGAGGCCCUACAAGGUUCAGAGCUCCAGGAGCUGGUGUUUCUUCCACAUGGAGGAGCCAAAAGACUGGCUUGAUGUGCUGCUGCCUCUGCUGUUCUCCUUGCUGGGGCUGCUAGCUCUACUGCUCUCUAUUGUGUGCAACACUUUGACCAGCUGCACUCUGCUGCAGGCCAGACUGAGGCGCAAACAUCACUGCAGAGGCCCAUCCUACCACAUAGAAAUGAUCUGCCAGCUGCUGGCUAUCAUGUUGGUGUCCUGUGUGUGUUGGGGUCCUUUGCUGAUCCGUGUCAUCAUCCUGAGCACCAGAGCCACAGGCGAGCCGACCUCCUUCAGCCUCCUGAUGGUGGUACGCAUGGCUACAUGGAACCAGAUCCUUGACCCCUGGGUCUACAUCCUCCUGAGGAAGGCUGUUCUGAGGAAGCUCUUCAUGUUGUUUCAUUGCUGCUGGGGCACAAAGUCUCAGGACCUUCACAGCUGGCAGCGCAGUAUGCUCCGCAGCUCACUGGAGACCAGCAACCUGGCCGUUGGUCAAUCUUAUGGCCUUGGGCGAUUACCGCUGCCAGACACAGCGAUCAAAUCUAUUGCCUGAACCCUGACACAUUGCUUCAGACUGUUGGAAUACAGAUGAUCAAGGUUAAUGUUUCCUUCACAGGACACUUUUCUCUUGGACUUGACAGAUGAUCACCAUGAACUGGAAAUACUGUCGUCUGUUAUAUUAUGCAGACUUAGCCUUGUUUGUGCAUCUACAAUACAGCAGCAUGGUUUCAGAGACUGUAUAUUAAGUGGGCUUGUAUGCAGUGCUUAUUAACAGUAUGUGUGCUACAUACAGUAGAUCAAAGUCAGCCAAGCGGCUCUGGACGCGAGAAUUGAAGCCAAUGUGGAAGUGUUAAAAAACGCAGUUUCUCAAAUGUCCUGCUCCAGAAAUAGUGGAAACCACAUACACAUAAAUUAAAAAAAGCCAAUAUUUACAGCAGAAAUAAACAUGUUUACAGCCUGGUGUAAAAAACGUGUGUACUCUGGAUAGCUCAUUUCUCUAUCGGGGGGUAAUUCUGAAGAUAUUAAGAUUAAGAGUUUUCCAUUAUGAGAGGCACAGCUGACUUAAUUGGCAGGCGGGAACACUGUAGCUGUUGGCUAGGAGGCUCAAAGCCCGCCUCUUUACCUCACACUAGCUCGACAGCAGUUAGGUUGAGUUCAGCAUUUCUAAUAUGGCUCCCACCGACGAUUGGCUUCAAAACAGCGCUUCAGAAACAGAAGGGUGACGUCACCGAUACUACGUCCAAUAUUUAUACAGUCUAUGCAGUCAGCACGGCUCCUGUUGGGAGAAGCUUGCAGAAAAUACUACAUUAAUCCUAAGCUACCUACUGCUGCAGAUGGGCCCACGAGCACCGUGACGUUCAGCUACAAGAGGGUCUGGUAUUUUAAAAAAACAUCUUAGUUUAAAGCUUCUGAAGGAAAGGUUUGUGUUGAUUUUGGCUGAUCUUGUCCUGUGCAUGCAUAGGUAGUGUUUUCUGACAUGAAAAUCACACCUUGUUUUCUUUUAUCAGUGAAAUAUAUCACCCACCGUGAAUAUUAGCUGUGCAAAGAAUAAAAAGAAGGGCUUUUUUAUCUUCAUGCUGUCAAUUAUCUAGUCUGACAUUUAACCCCUUGCAGUGGUUACAGGCAUUACAAAUUACCAUAUAGAAAUUGUCCGUAUUGUUGCUUGUGACCUUUUUUUCUUACUUUAGUAAGUCAUAAAGAGUAAUCACUGGUCAUUUUCAGGCUGUUUCAUAUUUAGCUAAAAACUCCUGACAGGGGCUAAAAGUUCAACUUGAUGUCAGGCAGCCCUUUCUGGUACACCAUGUCUUACUCCAGAUAAUGGCCUUGAAAUACCUCCGCAUACAGCGCACAGUAUCAACUCAAGUGUUUGGAUCAGCGGUUAAUGAAAGAGGAAACACAAAAGGCAAAUUACAUUAUCAUGAUAAAAAUGAAGGGCUGUCAUAAGACAGCUCCUUAAAAAAACAACAACACUCCUUUGUGCAUGUCCUGAAUUCUGCUGAAUUCACAUGAAGCAGCUCCAGUCUGUGCUCUAAAUUCAUUGUACCAUUUUGUACUAAAUAUGUUUGAUCUCCUUUGUCAUAUGCAUUUGAUAUUACUGUUUCUGGUAUCAGCCCUGGUUGAAUACACAACCCAGACAAAAACCGUGUUGCUGAUUUCAUAUUUCACUCACAAAGUUAUAUGGAUUAAUGGUUAUACUUCACCAUGCUGAUACAUGCAACAUCUGAACAUGUCUGGCAAUUAAUUUAAACAGAUGCAUGUUUGGUGGAACGUGAUGUCAAAAGAUGAAUUUGUAAAAUAAUGUAUAAAUAUCUGAGUUUUUAUCCAAUCCAAAGAAAGCUUGGAGUCCAAAUGACACACACUGUUUUGAUGAAUAAAAUCUAGUCACCUUUAUACAAGCAUCAA